GGCGCCGGGCGCGUGGCGACUGGCAGACGGCGGCCAUUUUGUAGAGUUUGGCAUGGCUGGGGUUCCAUUUUGCAUUGAGUGUUCCAUAACCAGAAAAGUUAUUAUUUUAAAUUAAUCAAACUUAUAUUUCAUAGGAGAAUUCCUGUGCUUUCUGAAAAUAAAUAUUAAGAGUUUAUAGAUAUUAUGGAUGGACCGCCGUUUCGGGGUUUUCGCGGAGGACGCGGUGGACCUCCCGGUCGAGGUCGCGGUGGCUUUGAUAUGCGAGGAAGGGGUGGCCCUGGAAUGAGGGGAAGAGGUGGACCUCCUAGAGGUGGAGGUCCACCUAUGAGAGGCCCCAGGCCUUUUCGCGGUGGUCCAAUGCGCGGAGGUGGAAUGGGCGAUAGAGGAGGCCGUUUCCCGCCGGGACCACAAGGUCCGGGUCCACACCCAGUUCCGACAAUUGAAUCUAGAGGACCUCCCCAAAGAGGAGCAAUGGGCAAUAAUAGGGGACCAGGAGGUAUGAUGCGAGGAAGAGGUGGAAGGGGCCGAGGUGACUUUGGUCCCCGUAAUGAUAGGGGAGGCGGACCUCCAAGAGGUGGUCACAUGAGAGGAGGGAGAGGUAGCAGACCACCACAUGUACCUAGUGGUCCUCCAGGGCCUGCACCUGGUGGGAUACCAGGACCUGUCCCACAUGGACCACCAGCACAGAUUCCAAGUGGCCCUGGGCCAAGAGGGCCACCCCCACAAGCCAUUGGGGCCCCACCACCACAAGGAGCAGGUGCACCACCAUUUAAACGAGGUAGUGGACCUCCCCACGGUGGACCACAUGGGCCCAGUGGACCACCAAAACGUGGAAGGUAUGAAGGUCCUCGAGGUGGUGGUGGCGGCGGUGCGCGCCCUCCAGCCGUGGGUGGUGGUUACCAGCAAGCUCCACCACCACACAGUGUGGCACCACCACCUAAUGGAUAUGGACCUCCAGUACAUACAGGAUACCAGCCUUAUGAGCAGCAAACACAAGAACAAUAUGCUGCCCCAGCAUAUGCUCCGCCCAGUUCAUAUGACAGCAACCAAUAUGCAGCACCAGCUCCUGUACCUGCUGCUCCUGUGUAUAGUGCUAAUGGCUAUAAUACCAACUAUGGAUACUCAACUGGACAAGGCAGUUAUGAACAGGGAUAUGGUGGAGUCGGCGGUGCGGGAGACGCGGGCUAUGGCCCUAGCGAGCCGGCGUACGGCGUGGCUCCUACCUACGAUGCGUACGCGCAGCCCUCGUACGAUCAAAGCUACCAGCAGCCACAACCGCAAUACGGCGCCAACUACGGCAGUUGGUGAUUGGUAUGAGUUAAAACAACAUUUAUUGCAACUAUCAAAAAUAGCUAGCUGGAAUACAAUAUUGCAAGUUUAAAUGGAAUACUAAAGAGUUGUAUGUUUCGUUGUACUAUAAGUAGUCAUUAAUGCAGUAUGCAAAUAAAUUAUAUAAUUUUUUUCCAUGGACACCAUGACUACAUAGUAAUGAUUGAGUUAUAUCACUUUUAAAUUAGUGUUAUAUGUAAGAUACUGACAGAUUCUAGUUUUAAAAGUUUACUGACAAUGAAGUAAUUGUAUUUAUAGAUAAUAUUAAUACAUUUAAUUGUGAAAAAGUGGUAUUGACAUAUACCAAAAUCUAGGUUAAGGUACAAAAUAAAUUUAUGAAAUAAUA